AUGUUAACUUUUCUUGAUCUUCGUAGCAAUAAGCUACAGGGGUCAAUCCCAAUUCCACCAUCCUAUGUCACAUUCUUUUCAAUUUCGAAUAAUAGCUUUGUUGGAGAAAUCCCUGAAUCAAUAUGCAAAUUGAACAGCCUAGAAAUCUUUGUUGCUUCUUACAACAACUUGAGCGGUUCAAUUCCGGAAUGUCUAGGUAACAUUCCCACUCUCUCAGUAUUGGAUGUACAAGGGAAUAGAUUUCAUGGAAUGCCUCAAGAUUUUACAAAUGCAAUCAGCCUGAGGACACUCAAAAUUAAUGGAAACAUAUUAGAAGGCCAAGUGCCUAGGUCAUUGGCUAAUUGCACAUCAUUAGAGGUUCUAGACCUGGGGAAGAAUAAGAUACUUGAUACUUUCCCCUUCUGGUUGGGGGAAUUGCCUCUGUUGCGAGUUCUUGUAUUGCAUUCCAACAGAUUCUAUGGUCCCAUCCGACACUACUCUGCAACUUCUUUUAAUGAGUUCUCAAUGUUGCAAAUCAUGGAUCUCUCUUCCAAUAGAUUUACAGGUAAUUUGCCAACUGAAUACUUUCAAAGCAUGAAGGCAAUGAUGCUAAAAAAUGGACCGGGUUCAGUAGCAGAGUACAUUGGAGAUGCCUACUACAGAGACUCAGUGACAAUCAUGAACAAAGGGCAAGAAAUGGAACUACUGAGGAUCUUGACCAUCUACACAGCUCUUGAUCUAUCUGACAACAACUUCCAAGGUAAUAUUCCAGAAGUCAUUGGAGACCUAACAUCACUUUUGAUUCGAAACUUGUCUCAAAAUGACUUAACCGGCCAAAUCCCAUCAUCGAUUGGAAACAUGGCACAGCUUGAGUCAUUGGAUCUCUCACAAAACAUGCUCUCGGGCCAGAUCCCUGGCCAACUCGCUAAUCUUACAUUUCUUGCAUUUUUAAACCUCUCCCUAAAUCAUCUUGAGGGACCUAUACCACGAGGGAAUCAGUUGGAAACAUUUUCAAACACUUCUUACAAUGAGAAUCCAGGAUUAUGUGGGUUUCCCUUAUCAAGGAAAUGCAGUGAUGAUGAUGAUACGCCACCACAUCAAGGUGGUGAGGAAUCAACAAAUGAUGACUACUCCAAAUUUGAAUGGCAAUUCAUGUUGAUGGGUUAUGUAUGGAUGCGGAACGGCAAUUGGAAUUGUCAUAGGACUUCUCAUUUUCAAAGACGAGUGGCUUAUACGAACUUUUAGAGUGGCACCAAUUCGGCAAC